GUAUAAGUAUGAUUAGAUGUCAAUCACUGGUUGUUGUCAUUACAGAUCAAAUAAUAUUGCGACCAAUGACAGCUUUAGUUCAGUUGUUACAUAUUUGCUUUUAGACUUUUUCUAUGUCACUCUCAAUCUCCUAAAAACCUUCAACAAACAAAAAUGGCAACUCCUAGUAAACGACGACCACCACCUCCACCGCCGCCGCCUCCUCGUCUAUUGGUGCUGCCACCACUUCCACCGCCACCACCACCGCCGCCGCCCCAGCUACCAUUUGGACCGAAGCUUCCUUUCCCUCAUAUUAUCAUAAGAAGAAAAGCAAGAAGAAACUAUCAACUACGACCGAUGUUGACCUGGUACUUCCUCACCUUCAUGAUGCGCCAAAAACUCCAAACCCGAAACCAACAACCCGAAGAGACACGGGAAGAAUGGGUGAUUUGGAUCAAAGACAAGAUGGAGCAAGUAAUGAGAGACGCCGCCACAACUAGCUGGGACAAGAUCUGUAUCUACAGAGUUCCACUCUCCCUUAAAAAAAGCGACAAGAAUUCUUACUUCCCUCAAGCAGUCUCGCUUGGUCCGUACCACCAUGGGGACGAACAUCUCCGACCCAUGGACUAUCACAAAUGGCGUGCGGUCAAUAUGGUCAUGAAACGUACCAAGCAAGGCAUCGAAAUGUAUAUUGACGCCAUGAAAGAGCUCGAAGAGAGGGCUCGUGCUUGCUACGAAGGUCCUAUUGGUUUGAGCAGUAACAAGUUCACCCAAAUGCUAGUUCUUGAUGGCUGUUUUGUUCUCGAUCUCUUCAGAGGAGCCUAUGAAGGAUUCUCGAAACUUGGGUACGACCGAAACGAUCCCGUUUUCGCGAUGCGAGGAUCUAUGCAUUCGAUUCGACGUGACAUGCUAAUGCUGGAAAAUCAACUUCCUUUGUUUGUCUUAAACCGGUUAUUAGAGCUACAACUCGGUACACAAUACCAAACCGGUUUAGUGGCACAAUUAGCGGUUCGGUUCUUCAAUCCGUUGAUGCCAACUUAUAUGUCAUCAACCAAAAUCGAGAACUCCCAAGAAAACAACAAUAAAUUCUUUAACCCAAUUGCUGACAAGGAGAAGGAAGAGUUGCAUUGUCUGGAUGUUUUCCGUCGAAGUCUGCUCCAGCCUAGUCUAAAACCGGACCCGAGGUUAUCGCGGAGUAGAUGGUCCAGGAAACCGCUGGUGGCGGACAAGCGCCAACAACAACUACUACAUUGCGUGACAGAACUAAGAGAAGCCGGUAUAAAAUUCAAAAGAAGAAAAUCUGACCGGUUUUGGGAUAUUCAAUUCAAAAACGGUUGUCUAGAAAUACCAAAAUUACUUAUCCAUGAUGGUAAGUUCACACUUUUUAGUUUUUAUUUAUUUUUACGUUCCUUCGUAUGAGUUUCAUUCAAAUCAUAUUGUUUACACCUCACUUAUAUUGUUGCCUAAGAAUCAAAAUGUGAUACUCUACUGCAUAUAAAUGAUUUUGUACCAAACCAAAAAAAUUUGUGACAUGUAUAGGUUUUGUUCACUUUUUGUUCCCAUAAGUUGCUAAAGUACAUAGACUGACAUCAAUCGUUGCCUAUUUCAUCAAUUCAUAAUGAUUUUGCUAUUUAGGCAUAUACAUUUUUUCCCGCCUAGAGAACCCUCAUAAUUCCUUAAACUCACAAAAACACUAUAUGGUCUCUCUUCGUGUUUUUUGUAGGUACCAAGUCUCUUUUCUCAAAUCUUAUAGCUUACGAGCAGUGCCAUAUCGAUUCAACGAACGACAUAACAUCCUACAUUAUCUUCAUGGACAAUCUAAUAGAUUCUGCUGAAGAUAUUAGGUAUUUGCAUUACUAUGAUAUCAUCGAGCACUGGUUAGGAAAUGAUUCAGAAGUUGCUGAUGUCUUCAACCGGCUAUGUCAAGAAGUGGCUUUCGACCUCGAAAAUACUUACUUAUCUGAAUUGUCAAAUAAGGUGGACCGUUAUUAUAACCGAAAGUGGAAUGUUCUGAAGGCAACCUUGAAACACAAGUACUUUAGUAAUCCUUGGGCAUAUUUCUCUUUCUUUGCGGCAGUUAUUCUGCUACUUCUCACAUUAUUUCAGAGCUUUUUUACUAGUUAUCCUUAUUUUAAGCCACCUUCUUAAUUCUCAUUAACUUUGAAUGUUUGUUCUUUUUUUACCUUUUUUUUUCUUCUUUCUGUUGAGUCUUAAAGAAAAGAAAGAUUUUACUGUAUUAUUUUGAAGCUAUAUGUUAGACCUACGGAAGAGAUUAUUCAGUUCAUAUAUUGGUUUCAUUUACUUAUGUUUUUAUA